UAUAUAUGUAGUGAAAAAAGGGUGCACAGAAUCCCAAAUGUUUCUUCCCUUUUUUCUUCUUCUUGAUGCUUUAUGUCUUGUAUCUCUUGACAUUUUUCUCACAUUCACACUACUUAACCUCAUGGUUUUCUUUUUCAAUUAAAUCACCACAAUCAUUUAUCUCUUUUGGAAAAUAUUUUGAAGAAAAAAGAAAAUGGUGAGAAAAAGGGCGGCUUCCGAUAUGGAACUCCAACCUACUGAUUCACAAUACCAUCAUCAUCACAGACUAUUACGCCGUCCACCGCCACCACCGCCACUCGACAUUGUUGGUUUCCCUGACAACAACAACGUUGUAAAUAUAAAUGAUGAUGAUGAUGCAAUUGGUGGCGGCCACCAUUCCAACUACUCCACUAUGACGACGCUUCCGUCGUCAAGUUCAACAAAUACGGCUAUGUCAUUAUCAACCACCACCUGCUCAACUAAUUUCAUGAAUUCCAAUUCAAGCAUUUCUUUAAUUCACAAAAACCCACAACAACAACAACAACCUUUGUGUAAUUAUUCAGGUCUUCCUUUAUUUCCUCCUCCUCCUUUAUCAGCAAUUGUUACACCAACAACAAAUACAAUUCAUCACGCUGGGAUUAUGACGUCAGAUGAUUCAUUCACAUCGGCUACAGCGUGGAUUGACAGUAUUAUCAAAGAUCUUAUUCAUAGUUCAACGGAUGUAUCUAUACCUCAUUUGAUUCAUAACGUUAGAGAAAUUAUUCAUCCUUGUAACCCUAAUUUGGCGACGUUACUUGAAUACCGCCUUCGUUCUUUAACCGAACCUCCGCCUCCGAGUUUAGUUGAUCAACAUCCACCACCAGGGCAUGAUCGUACGGUUCAUUAUUCCUCUGAUGGAAAUGGAAAUGUUUCCACCAGAGGAAAAGAAACGGAAACACCGUUAUUACCCCAACCUCCCCGCAAUAUUAGUAUAAAUAUUGCGGGAGGUCUUGAAAGUAUGUACCCGCUCCCUCCAGCAGAUCUGGAUUGGGGCGGGACAGCAAAUAAUAAUAACAAUAACAAUAAUAAUAAUAAUAAUAAUAAUAAUGACGAGUUUGGUAAUCAGCCGCCAAACUCGUCAUCGAUUAUUUCAUCAACUAAUAACCAGGAACUACUAGACUCUCCACCUCAGCCACCAUCACAAACACCUCCACCACCACCACCACCACCAGAUCAAACAACAGUUGCCACCACACAAGCGGCGGCGGUGGUGUUGAGAGAGAAGAAAAGAGAAGAAAUCCGACAACAAAAACGAGACGAACAAGGCUUGCAUUUGCUCACUUUGUUGUUACAAUGUGCUGAAGCGGUUUCAGCUGAUAAUUUCGAAGAAGCCAACAAGAUGUUACUAGAAAUAUCCGAGUUAUCAACACCGUACGGGACCUCGGCUCAACGCGUUGCGGCCUACUUUUCGGAAGCUAUGUCUGCAAGGCUAAUGAGUUCAUGUUUAGGGAUAUACACAACUCUUCCACCAGUUCAUCAAGGUUUUAAAAAGAUGACGUCAGCUUUCCAAGUGUUUAACGGGAUUAGUCCUUUUGUUAAAUUCUCGCAUUUUACCGCGAAUCAAGCGAUACAAGAAGCGUUUGAAAGAGAGGACAGGGUGCAUAUAAUUGAUCUAGAUAUCAUGCAAGGCUUGCAAUGGCCUGGACUUUUUCAUAUAUUGGCAUCUAGACCGGGCGGUCCGCCUUUUGUUAGGCUAACUGGUUUGGGUAACUCGUUGGACGCACUCGAGGCCACUGGAAAACGAUUGUCGGAUUUCGCUGAUAAGUUGGGGCUCCCUUUCGAGUUUGCGGCCGUGGCCGAUAAAGUUGGGAAUUUGAAUCCGGAAAGUCUGAAGGUUAGCAAAAGGGAAGCUGUUGCGGUUCACUGGCUGCAGCAUUCUUUGUAUGAUGUAACUGGCUCGGAUACUAAUACUUUAUGGUUCAUCCAAAGAUUGGCCCCGAAAGUGGUGACAGUGGUAGAGCAGGACUUGAGCCAUGCAGGAUCGUUUUUGGGACGUUUUGUGGAGGCAAUUCACUAUUACUCAGCAUUGUUUGACUCAUUGGGAUCGAGCUACGGGGAAGAGAGUGAAGAGAGGCAUGUAGUCGAGCAACAGUUGCUGUCAAAGGAGAUUAGGAACGUGUUGGCAAUCGGGGGGCCAUCAAGAAGUGGGGAACAGAAGUUUAACAAUUGGAGGGAGAAGUUGGAACAAUGUGGGUUCAAGGGGAUAUCUUUAGCAGGAAAUGCAGCUGCCCAAGCAACGCUUUUACUUGGAAUGUUUCCUUCUAAUGGAUACACUUUAGUGGAAGAUAAAGGUGCCUUAAAGCUUGGAUGGAAAGAUCUUUGUUUGCUUACGGCAUCCGCUUGGAGACCUUAAUUGGUCCAUGUAUCCCGGCUUGUAUCUUUUAAAGGAUCAAGAGUCCCACUAAGUGAUCUGAAAGUGUUUUGCUAUGAUGCAUGGGUGGGAAAAACUGGAAAGACACAGAUCAAUCCGUUCGGAGAAUAGCUAAAAAGAGAAAAAAUGCAAGUGUAGCAAAUUUUGAAGGAUGGUUCCUUUUGUUAUGAACUGUGUUCUUAAUAGAUUUAUGUUCAUAGUCUAUUCGUUUUAUUUUUGGUUACUGCAAUAACAUACCAUUGUCUUGCCUUUUA